AUGACACGGAAAAACCAUUCCAUCUCCAAACGCCGUUCCAAACCGAGCCUCAAAGUUGCUACUGGCCACAACGGCCAUGCGAACGGCAACAUGAACAACAUCGAAAUGCGCAAGCGCGAUACUCCCUCCGUCGAUUCCUCUGCCGAAGCAACAGCUCGUCUCAUGUCUCGAUCUAGCUUCACCCUCGAUGACGACCCUGUCAUCGUUCCUCAAACUCCCCUCCAAACCACCACCAGCUUCCAUAACCUACCUACAAGUGACCGUCGCAAUUUUCUGUUGCUAUGCCUUCUGUAUUUCUUGCAGGGCGUGCCUAUGGGUCUUGCGACCGGAUCUGUGCCUUUCCUUCUGAAACCGUAUCUGUCUUAUGGCCAGAUUGGCAUCUUCUCACUCGCCUCCUACCCCUACUCUUUGAAGCUGUUCUGGAGUCCCAUUGUUGAUGCCGUGUGGAGUCCACGGUUUGGUCGCCGGAAGAGCUGGAUCACCCCGGUUCAGGUUAUUGCGGGACUUGCUAUGAUCUACCUGGGUCGCCACAUUGGGGAAAUGAUGGAGCAGGCUGGCGCGAAUGGAGGCGCCGGAGUCUGGAACUUCACAUACUGGUGGUUCAUGCUGGUGCUUUUCUGCGCUACGCAGGAUAUCGCUGUCGACGGCUGGGCUAUUACCCUUAUGUCGCCUCCGAAUAUUUCCUACGCAUCUACUGCUCAGACUGUUGGUUUGACAGCGGGUCACUUCCUGUCAUACACCGUGUUCCUGGCAUUUAAUUCCAAGGACUUCGCGAAUCGGUGGUUCCGCACUAUCCCUGGUGAGGGUGGUCUGCUCUCGCUCGGCACAUACUUGACUUUCUGGGGCUGGGCCUACCUUAUUGUAACCCUGGGUCUGGCUUUGCUGAAGAAGGAAGACCGCACCAAGGAGCGUGACAGCAUCAUGGAUGUGUACAAGAGCAUGUGGAGCGUUUUGAAGCUGAAGAACAUUCAAACCAUCAUUCUCAUUCAUUUGAUUGCUAAGAUUGGCUUCCAGGCUAACGACGGCGUCACCAGUUUGAAACUUUUGGACAAGGGCUUUGGCCAGGAAAACAUGGCUUUGGUCGUCUUGAUCGACUUUCCCUUCGAAAUCAUGCUUGGUUACUAUGCUGGCAAGUGGUCGACUGACCAUGGACCCAUGCGACUUUGGGGCUGGGCUUUUGUCGGCCGCCUAGCCGCCGCUGUACUUGCUCAGUUCACUGUGAUGAUCUACCCCAGCGGAUCAGAGGUACCCUUUUGGUAUAUGCUGGCUGUCAUCUUCGAGCAUGUGGUAUCUACCUUUAUGAACACGGUCAUGUUCGUUGCCAUUUCAGCAUUCCAUGCACGUAUUGCAGACCCAAGCAUUGGUGGCACCUACAUGACCCUCCUCGCAACCGUCUGCAACCUGGGUGGAACAUUCCCUCGUAUCUUUGUUCUCAAGCUAGUCGAUCUCUUUACAAAGGCAACAUGCCUCCCACCCACCACAGCCCCACCAAGUGACCAGCUGAAAGAUGCUCUUGUCACGUCUGCAUUCUCCUGCGCCCUCGAGCCAGAGAAGAACCGCUGUAUAAACGGCGGCGGUACUUGCAUCGUCGACCGUGACGGCUACUACAUUACCAACAUUAUCUGCGUGCUUAUUGGCACUCUCACGUUUGUGUGGUUUAUCAAACCCGCUGCUGCCAAGCUUCAAAGCUUACCCCUGCGCGCCUGGCGACUCGUGCCAGGUCCCCAGCGGGAGUAA